GUUAUGGUCCUGUCAGGGCGCCGGCGUCGUGGUUUCUGGGCGGCCGCCACCGAGAGGACUUUGGUGGGGGACCCUCAGGGGCAGCCCCGCGGCCAGCUGCGCUCGUCUCCGGCCUCGUUCCCAGCCUACAUAUCUCGGCUCGCGGGUCGCGCCGUCGGGCGCGCGUGCGGGUCGGCGCCGCGGCCGCCUCGGGGCCUGAGCCCAGCCACAGCCUCCUCCUCCGCCGCGGGCUCGGAGGGGCCGCGAGAUGCAGCCGCCGGGCCCUCCCCCGGCGUAUUCCCCCACUAACGGGGACUUCACCUUUGUCUCCUCAGCAGACGCGGAAGAUCUCAGUGGUUCAAUAGCAUCCCCAGAUGUCAAGUUAAACCUUGGUGGAGAUUUUAUCAAAGAGUCUACAGCUACUACAUUUCUGAGACAAAGAGGAUAUGGCUGGCUUUUGGAAGUUGAAGAUGACGACCCUGAAGAUAACAAGCCACUCUUGGAAGAAUUGGAUAUCGACCUAAAGGAUAUUUACUACAAAAUUCGAUGUGUUUUGAUGCCAAUGCCAUCACUUGGUUUUAAUAGGCAAGUGGUGAGAGACAAUCCUGACUUUUGGGGUCCUCUGGCUGUUGUUCUUUUCUUUUCCAUGAUAUCAUUAUAUGGACAGUUUAGGGUGGUCUCAUGGAUUAUAACCAUUUGGAUAUUUGGUUCAUUAACUAUUUUCUUACUGGCCAGAGUUCUUGGUGGAGAAGUUGCAUAUGGCCAAGUUCUUGGAGUUAUAGGAUAUUCAUUACUUCCUCUCAUUGUAAUAGCCCCUAUACUUUUGGUGGUUGGAUCAUUUGAAGUGGUGUCUACACUUAUAAAACUCUUUGGUGUGUUUUGGGCUGCCUACAGUGCUGCUUCAUUGUUAGUGGGUGAAGAAUUCAAGACCAAAAAGCCUCUCCUGAUUUAUCCAAUCUUUUUAUUAUACAUUUAUUUUUUGUCCUUAUAUACUGGGGUGUGAUCUAAGUCAUAUAUGAGUAGAAAAAGACAAUGUUACCUUUCUGUGUAGGCUGGGAAUUCUUGCUUGAGGGGAUUGAAAAAAACGUAUUGCUGGUAAAAUUUUACAUGUUCCAGAUGUAAAGGCAGUCUAAGGUCUUUUUAAAACAAUAUUUUUUUUGUAUUUAAUUAAGCAAUUGCAGUUACCUGAAUAUUUUUGGUCAGAAUUCUGAAUUCUGUUUGAUUCAUCAUAUUCCAGUGAAUAAAAUAUAAAAGCAUUGUGUUUUUAAGAUUGUGUCAAUAUGCACCUAAAAACUUGUGCCAAAAGCACCUGGAAUGGUAAUUAUAUUUCACCUGAAGGGUAAAUACGACAGCAUCCUGAUAAUCCAAAAGUGCAAUUUUUUUCUUUAAAGGGUUUUCUCCUGCAUUGCAGAUCCUGUAGAUAUAUAUUUAUAUUUAUAUAUAUAUUUAUGAAGUAAUUCUUAUUAUUCACAAAAUGUAUUUCUGAAUAACCUAAAAAUUAAGAUAUUUUAAAUCUGAUGCUUAAACUUUAUUUAAUUUGGCCAUUAAUCUUUUUAUUUAUAAAUUUAAUUUUGCUUUUAAAUUGUAUAUAAUUUUAAAAAUCUCAUACAUGCUUCAGUCAGUAUGUCCUUGUUAAGAAUUCUUAAUAAUAACAGUUGAAACUAAUUAUAACAGUUGCUGAUGUAGAUUUGGUUUGUUUGGGUGUGCUUUUAAAAACCACUUUUGAAUGUCUAAACAUUUGAUUUAAAGUUUCUGUUUAUCUUUCUGACCAAAAAAGCAAGAGGUAUGAUGGAUAUGGCAUUCAUUAAAAUUGUCAAUAUGUAGAAAUCCAGUAAUAUUUAUAGCACCAGUAAAUAUUUUUAAGUGGUACUCCGAAGUCAUAAAAGUUGCUGGAAAGAGACCAUUAGAGUCUUGUGGUCCUGAACAAUGUUAUAUGAAGUAGAAGAAAAUAAAAUGCUUCCCAGCUGUGUGUUUUGUUUUUAUAA